AAGAUUCCAAAGGAUUCGUGUCUGUGUUCCAUGCAGGAGAGAUCCUUCCUUUGUGUGUUGAAGCAAAUAAAAGUAAUACUGGCAUCUAUGGUACUGUCUGCAUGAACACUGCACAGGGUGUGUUGCAUACAUCAUUAACGGGCAAGAAUGUCAGUAAAGGCGUCAUGACUACUUAUGAUGCAACAGGAAAAUCAGUUUUUGGAUCCUACAAACUGUCCACAGUAAGUUCAUGCACCCAAGCAAGAAUACAAUGUAAUAAACCAGAGUGUGGCAAACAACCCGAAUCCAAACCUUCCGUCAGCCAUUACAUUCAGUAUGGUACCCAAGCAUUACCUAAAGAAUAUCCCUGGCAAGGUUUGCUAUUGAGGAAUGGUAAAUUUAUCUGUGGUCUGACAGUUUAUACAAGCAAGUGGUGCAUCACUGCAGAACACUGUGUAGUUGAAAAAGGCGUACAAUAUGAGGUUGCAGUUGGUAUAACACGCAAAGAAAAUCUACCCACAGCUCCCAAAUAUAAAGUGAAGGCCAUCACACACCAUCCAAACUCUAAGAUUAUAGAUGGCAUCCCUUACAGUGACAUAGCACUGCUGCUCCUGGAAGACGAGAUCCAGUUUAAUAACAGUGUCCAGCCUGUAUGCCUACCAUCAAAGGUUUAUACCAAACAUGAUGACUGUUACCUCACUGGCUGGGGCAGAAACGAAAACUUGAUUACCCAAAACCAUCUCCAAGAAGCCAAAGUGACAGUAGUGGAUAAUGAAGAGUGCAAGAAGUUCUACAACAUUGAUAUUUCCAUCAUUUGUUUCAAACAUAAUUAUCCCAACAUGCCCAGUUGUUAUGGUGACAGUGGAGGACCACUGGUCUGUCGAAACAGCUACGGCCGCUUUGAACUGGUUGGUGUGGUCAGUUUUGGUUAUCCGCUCUGCAGUGCACCCAAUGGUACAGCAGCUGCAUUUGUGAAUGUGUUAGCAAUGCGUGGUUGGAUUGUUGAUAAAACAAGAUGCAAGAUACGUUGUCCCAAGAAUAACAAAUGUCUAUAUGAGCCAGAAAUUUGUGAUGGAGUAAGCCACUGCAGUGAUUCCAGGGAUGAAAAGUCACCAUAUUGUAGUACAUCAGUUUCUUGUAACUUUGGUAGCCCUUUCAAGUGUGGCUAUAGCAAUGCAUCUUCUUCCAAUCCAUGGUAUUGGACCAGUAUUCUUCAUCAAAGCCCCCAAAUCACUUCUCAGCCAUCAACCGGAGGAGAUGAAGACACAGACGAGUUCAUGAUAGCUGCCCUCAGUGCAACAAAAGACAAACCAGCUCUGAUGGAAUCACCAGUCUCCUCCAACGUACCUUGCAUAUCAUUUUUGUACAUUGCACACAGUAAUUCUUCUUCAACCCAAGCUGUCCUGAAUGUUAAGGCUAAGGUAGAAAAUUCUUCAGCAAUGUUACCUAUAUGGAACAACAACAAAAGCGCCAAUGUCACUUUGGAAAGUGCAUCACUUCACUGGAAACUGGCCAGGCUGCAUCUCCCCAGUGACACCAAAUCAGUCGUGUUUGAGGCAUAUUACAUGAAUCCAAACAAUGCAUCCUUUAUAACCAUUGAUGAUGUUCAAAUUCAAGGGGAAAACUGCAAACAAAAUUGUCCUGCAAACUUCUACAAAUGUAAAAACGAUGAAUGCAUUAAGAACACCUACAAAUGCAACAGAAUCGCAGAAUGUUCAGAUGGCAGCGAUGAAAUGGACUGUAAUCAAGUGCCAGGUUAACUAACACAAUAUUAGCAAGAAUGAAGAUGUAUAUAUGCAUAUACGUGUAAACAUUCAGACAGACAAUAUAUAUAUAUAUAUAUACACUCUCACACGCACACAUAUAUAUUUAUACAUAUUUACACACAUAGACAUAAUUACAAACAUAAAUAUAUAAAUGAGUAUUAUACACACACACACACUUACACAUACAUAUAUAUAAUAUAUUCUUCAUUCGUGCUUUCAUGCACAUAGUACUAUAAACAUACGUAUGCACACACACACACACACACACACACAUAUAGUAUAUUUUUCUUUCAUACUCAAAUGCUCACAGUAUUAAAAGGACUCAUACAUAUAUAUAUAUGCACACAAACACACACACACACACACACACAUUCAUACAAACAUAUCUGCUUGACAAAUUAAAUGUUUAUUUUUCUCUGUCUAAACCUUGUAUUCAAUUCUUUAAUUUUAAACUUCAGAAACAUAAUCCCAUUGUCAACGUUUUAUUCAGUGUUUAGUUGUCGUACACUUAUUCUCAAAGAAUUUAUUCAAUUCAUUAAAAUAAUAUAUGUGAACAUUUGAUAUUACCAACACAGCUAAGGUGGUGAGCUGACAGAAUCAUUAGCACGCUGGGUGAAAUGCUUAACGGUAUUAUGUUCUGAGUUCACAUUCCGCUGAGGUCGACUUUGCCUUUCAUCCUUUCGGGGCCAAUAAAUUGAGUACCAGUUACACACUGGGAUCAAUGUAAUCGACUAGUUCCCUCCCCCCAAAUUUCA